AACCAAAAUUAAUUCAAGCCGAAGCUAGUAACAUACUAUUCCACUCGGGCAAACCUGCGGCCUCCUGCGAACCGACGGGAGUUUGGAAGCACCAAGGUCGAAGACACGAACACCAGCCGACCUGCCUCCGCCAGCUGCGCCGCCGCCCGCCGUCUUCCCUCUCCGAGUGACCGAGUCUGAUUCUGCCCUCUACGGCUCUGCCUCCAGCUCCAGGUUGUGCGUUUUAAAGAUACAUGGUUUCUGUGGGUAAGAGAGCUUUGCUGUUAAGGAACAAAGCACACAAUCUAAUUCAGGAAAACUUGACGUAUCAGGAAGGAAUAUUUUCUAAUCAAUGCAAACAUAAAAGAAAUAUGGCUAGAAGGGAUGGGAAGAAGCAUGCUGGAUUUUCUGCUGGAAGUUCAGCUAAAUGUCUAUCAGACGGAAAAGUGGCUGAUGGUAAUGUUAAAGCAAGAAAACCCUCUAAGCACCAGAGUGAGACUUCAUGUGCACCAUUUAUCAGGAAUCCAAUUGAUCCAGAAACUGUGAAGUACUUCGCAGAGAUUGCAAAUGUCAUAGAAGGUACAGAGAUUGACUUAGAAGAGCGGUCUGUUAUAUGUGGCAAUGCAUUAGAAGAAACAAGAGGAAAAGAAGCAGAACUUGCAACUGAUUAUGUAAUAAGCCAUACUCUGCAAAUUCUUCUGGAGGGCUGUUCUGUAGAUCAUCUUUGUGAUUUUCUUCAGAGCUGCGCAAAGAAGUUCUCUUAUAUUGCAACAGACAAAUCUGGGUCUCAUGUUGUUGAAACAGCUUUGAAAUCUAUGGCUGUGCACCUUCAGGACAGUGAGCAGCUGUCUUUUAUCAAUGAGACCUUGAGAAAAUUAUGUGAGGCAAUUAUACUCAACCCUGUUGAUGUAAUGUGCGACUGCUAUGGAUCGCAUGUGCUUCGGAGUCUUCUUUGUUUAUUGAAUGGGGUUCCCUUAGACCAAUUCCAUAUCACGAAGUCUGCAACUGUACUGGCAGAACGGAUGAACUUUAAGGUUCCUCGAUCAGAAUACAAUAACAUGUCAUAUUCUAGCCAAAGAUUUCCAGAUUUGCUCAACUACCUCAUGUUAGAAAUGUUAAAUGCCACAAGAGAAAACAUCUCUAAUCUUUCCUUGGAUCAAUAUUGCAGUUUGGUCCUGCAGACAGCUUUGAAAUUAUUGGUUGGAAAUGAACCGGAGCUAUUGUUGAAAGUUGUUCAAAUUAUUCUUGGUUUCGACAUGGACAUGGAUGGGAAAUUAAAAGGAAGCUCAAGAUUACAAGAAAUUUCAGAGCAUAUAGAAGAACCUGCUUACAGUCAUUUAAUUGAGGUCAUACUCGAAGUUUCUCCUGAUACUGUAUACAAUGAGUUAUUACAGAGAGUUUUCAAGACCUCAUUGUUUCAGAUGUCAUCGCAUCAUUGUGGGAACUUUGUUGUUCAGGCUUUAGCUUCGCAGGCGAAAAGCUCAGAACAUAUUGACGUGAUCUGGGGUGAGCUUGGAACUAAAUUUAAGGAGCUAUUUGAAAUGAGCCGGUCUGGAGUUAUUGCUUCUCUUGUUGCUGCAACGCAAAAGCUCCAUCACCGUGAAGCAGAGUGUUGUCAGGCACUUGCUUCUGCUGUUUGUGUAGGGGAUGAAUCUCUCAAGUGCAUUAUUCCACGCAUACUGUUCCUUGACAGCUUUUUUAAUUCUGAAGACAGGCUUAACUGGAGUUGGCCAAGCCAUUCCAGGAUACAUGUUGUCGGUUCUUUGAUCCUGCAGUCAAUUUUUAGGUUUCACAGUGAAUUUGUUAAAGCUUUUGUUUCUAGUAUCACAUCCUUGGAAGAACAUCAACUUCUUGCAGUAUCUAAAGAUCCCAGUGGUUCACGCGUUAUUGAAGCAUUUUUAAAUUCAAAUGUUUCUGCAAAACUGAAGAGGAAGCUAGUGAUCAAGCUGCAAGGUCAUUUUGGUGAGCUCUCAGUGCAUCCAUCAGGAUCAUUUAUGAUUGAGAAGUGCUUCAAUACAAGCAACUUAUCCCUGAGGGAGACCAUUGUUUCAGAGAUGUUACCAUUGCGAGCUGAGUUGUCACGAACAAAACAGGGACCUUUCCUGCUUAGGAGGUUUGAUAUUGAUGGAUAUGCAAAACAACCAGAUUUAUGGAAAAAAAGACAAGCCUCAAAUCAAUCCAUCAGACAGGAAUUUUAUGCUGAAUUUGGAACCACUGAUACUAAAACGAGAAAAGAUAGUUUUCUUGCUGACACUCGUCAUAAGUCACAGCCUGAAAAGUUAAACGAAAUGAAGAAAGACAUCGAGACUAGUUUAGCUUCUUCCCGAACAUCUAGUGUCCCGUUUUUGGCUCAUCAGGGUUCAAAGGUUAAAACGAAGUCAGCCAAGAAGCAAUCAUCUGGAGAGAGAGGAUUGGACAAGUAUUCAGUGGGUGAUGAUUUUUCGAAAGUGAAAAGUAAAAAACAAAGAACUGAAAAGGUCAAGGAUGGGACUAAUGGUUCUCUUAUAAGGGAAAGUGAGCAUAAUGUGCCAUCUCAAUCUAGCGACAAAAAUGAGAAGAAAAGAGUCAGGAGAGAUGAAAAGGAGAAAAAACCGCAGCAGGGUGAUGAAAGCUUAAAAACAUCCAAAAAGAAAAAAAAGUAAAGGUUUGAAGAAUAUAAUAGUCAACGUGUUCUGUAGUUUUUUCUUUCUGAAACUUUAAUCUCUAUUGUUGUAAUAUUUUUACGAGGAGAGGAUGAGUUUGACCUAUUUUGUGCGCCUCACAACAAAAAAAGCUGUUAGUGCCUCUUGGAAAGUAAUUGUGUUUGAGAUGUUUUGGUACAUUUGCUACUUUGAUAGUUUGAGCCUUUGAGGGUGAGGGAGGUGGAGAAAGAACUCAAAGAAGUAUUGUGGCCUUGGUGAAGUGCAAUAUUGCAUGAAGGGAAAAUGGGCAAAUAAGCC